GUGGCCGCCUCUCUGCUGCUGCUGCCGACUCAAAGCUCGCAGACUCGCCCGGCGCCUCCAACCGCCAUUUUGGAGUCAGAGAACCGAGAGUCGACAGCAGCCAGCGACGAGAGAGACCGAGAGGGGGGACACGGGGCCGAGGCUCAUUACAUUUGGUCGGUUGUUAAUCCUGUAACCAAGAACGAUGCCAUCUCUUACUGAGGAGUGAAAGGUGCUGCCCUGCUGGGCAGAGGAAUCUGUGCUGCAUGGCGUCGGGGCAGGGCAGCCGGCUGGAGGUUGGGGCAUCAGGGGUUUCUGGCUUGGCUAAACCUCUCUACCUGCAGCGCUUGGAAAGAACCCUGAAAUUGGACAGUUUUUUGCGCCAAACGUCUGCCAUCUUUAACAGAGACAUAACCAGUGAUGAUAGUGACGACAGUGACGGUGCAUUGGGGACGGGGCUCUCUCUGGACCCCCCAUCUCAACAUCCAGCUUUGACUGUGAAGAGUGAGCCAUGUGAGCAAGGAGAUGGUUUGCCAGAGGGCAAACCCCUUAACGGAGUACUCCUGCAAAAUAAAGACCAAAAGGAAGAUAAAACAAACCUCUACAAUUUUUCCAAGUUGAAGAAGAACAGAAAAUGGCUGAAGAAUAUCCUGUUGAGUGAUGACACCACAGACUCAGACACAGACUCCGAUGAUUCCAACUUCAGUUUGUCCCGGGAGGAGCUGCACGACAUGCUGAGGCUCCACCGUCACACCAGGCAGCAUCAGAGCAAGUUCUACUCCGAUCGAGAGCUUUACCAGUAUCGCUACUACAGCACCGGGCUCCUAUCCACUCAUGACCCAUUCUAUGAGCAACAGCGCCACCUACAGGGCUCAAAGAAAAAGAAAAUUAAAGAUGAGAAGAAAUUCAAAGCCAAACUGAAAAAAGUGAAGAAGAAGAAGAAAAGGGGAGAGGGAGAGCUCUUGGACGAGGAGCGUCCUUAUGUUAAUAAGAUAUUUGCGAAGUUUUCCCAUGAUGCUCCACUGCCCACGGUGAAGAAAAAGCAUCUCACUAUUGAGCAACUGAAUGUACGGCGACGCAAAGUGUGGCUCACCAUCGCUAAAAAGGAGAUCCCUAAGUCUUUCAAGCAGAAGACGUCGGCAAAAAACCUUGUAUUAACCAACGCUAAAAAGCUGGCUCACCAGUGCAUGCGAGAGGUCCGGCGUGCAGCUAUUCAGGCUCAGAAGAACUGCAAAGAGACGUUGCCCCGUGCUCGACGGCUUACCAAGGAGAUGAUGCUCUACUGGAAGAAAUAUGACAAGGUGGAAAAAGAGCACAGAAAGAGGGCCGAGAAGGAAGCUCUGGAGCAACGUAAACUAGACGAAGAGAUGAGAGAGGCCAAGCGUCAGCAGCGCAAACUGAAUUUCCUCAUCACACAGACAGAACUGUAUGCUCAUUUUAUGAGUGGAAAAGCCACCAUGGGGGGUCCCGGAGGAGACAGAGGUCAAGAGGAAAUUCUGAGAAAGCUUGACGAUAAUGCAGCCCAGAGAAAAAUUGACAUCGGAGGAGGCGUAAUGGUCAACAUGGGACAGGAGGACUACGGUAGGAAUGAUAGUGAAUACUACAAAUCUCAGGCCUUGAGGAAUGCCAAAGAAGCCUACCAGAUUCACCAAGAGAGAACACGAAUGUUUGAUGAAGAUGCUCAAGACAGCCGCAGUGCUUCUAUGCACACAGCCGGUGGCUUGUCCUCUGGGUUUGGAGAAAGCUACAGCCUUGCAAACCCAUCCAUCCAAGCAGGAGAUGACAUUCCUCAGCCCACCAUCUUCAAUGGAAAGCUCAAGGGUUACCAACUUAAAGGCAUGAACUGGCUGGCCAAUCUUUAUGAACAGGGAAUUAAUGGAAUCUUGGCAGAUGAAAUGGGACUGGGGAAGACAGUUCAGAGUAUCGCCCUGUUGGCCCACCUAGCAGAGAGAGACAACAUCUGGGGUCCAUUCCUCAUCAUCUCUCCAGCAUCCACGCUCAACAACUGGCAUCAGGAAUUCACACGCUUUGUUCCCAAAUUCAAGGUGUUACCAUACUGGGGGAACCCUCAUGACCGCAAAGUGAUCCGGAAAUUUUGGAGCCAGAAAACUCUCUACACCCAAAAUGCACCGUUCCACGUGGUGAUUACGAGCUACCAACUAGUGGUCCAAGAUGUCAAGUACUUUCAGAGGGUCAAGUGGCAAUACAUGGUUCUGGAUGAGGCCCAAGCGCUGAAAAGCAGCACCAGUGUUCGGUGGAAAAUCCUCCUGCAGUUCCAGUGUCGAAACAGACUCCUGCUGACCGGGACGCCCAUCCAGAACACGAUGGCUGAGCUGUGGGCCCUGCUGCACUUCAUCAUGCCCAUAUUGUUUGAUUCCCAUGAAGAGUUUAACGAGUGGUUCUCCAAGGACAUUGAGAGCCACGCUGAAAACAAGUCUGCCAUCGAUGAGAACCAACUUUCCAGAUUGCACAUGAUCCUUAAACCUUUCAUGCUUCGAAGAAUAAAGAAAGAUGUGGAAAACGAGCUCUCAGACAAGAUUGAGAUCCUGACCUACUGCCAGCUGACGUCCCGACAGAGGUUGCUCUACCAGGCUCUGAGGAACAAGAUCUCCAUCGAGGAUCUGCUCCAGUCCUCCAUGGGCACGGCCCAGCAGUCCCACACCACCACCUCCUCACUCAUGAACCUGGUCAUGCAGUUUAGGAAGGUCUGCAAUCACCCCGACUUGUUUGAGCGCCAGGAGACGCGCUCUCCUUUCCACAUGUCCCUCAAGCCUUACGUCAUGUCAAAGUUCCUCUACCGUCACGGCCUCCUCCAUGCACACAACCAGGCCAAGAACAAAUUACUGCAAGUGCUGUUGUCUCCCUUCUCUCCAAAUCACAUCCAGCAGUCUCUUUUUCACAGGAAAGGUGAUGACAAAGGAAGUUGCUUCUCUUUCUUGCGCUUUAUCGAUGUUUCACCAGCUGAGAUGUCCAAUAUGAUGCUGCGAGGCACUUUAGUGAGAUGGUUAGCCCUUUUUCUGUCUCUGAAAGCUGCGUACCGGCUCCACUAUCAACGCCAGUUUGGCCUCGGUGGAGAAGGUGAAGAAGGUUCUGCAAAUGAGGAUGGGAACAGACCAAAGAUAAAGUGUCUGUCUCGCGAGGACCUCAUCCUGUGGAUAAACAGACCCGUCGCCUUCCCUAACAUACAAACCAGCCCCAUCCUUCAGGAUUUGGUGUUCACAGCCCCCAGGCCCGAACUAAUGGGACACCAAGACGUCAGGAUCCUCGGCAGAAAUUCGUCCACGCUCCGGCCCUGCCAGCGCACACCGCCACCCAAAUUCCUGCUAGCCGCUACACCAAAGGUGACAGCCGUUCCCAUGGAGCGUUAUUGUGAGGACCGCUGUGCAGAGUACAAGUGGCAGGUGACACGCGGCGGAGGGGGCGCGACCUUCAGGCAGUGUUUCCUCUACGGAUCCUGUGAACUCGCCUCAGUAAGGACCAGUUCUUUCCACCCAGAAGGCCCUGCCGGCGUGAUGGCCCUAAAACCUCGUCACGGAUGGUCCUUCAUACGGAUACCUGAUAAGGAAAGCCUGAUCACGGAGAGUGGAAAGCUCCACACCUUGGAUAUCCUUCUGAGUCGGCUAAAGGCCCAGGGACACCGAGUUCUCAUCUACUCCCAGAUGACACGCAUGAUAGACCUGCUGGAGGAGUACAUGGUUUACCGUAACCACACCUACAUUCGCCUCGAUGGAUCCUCAAAGAUUUCUGAACGCAGAGACAUGGUGGCUGACUUCCAGAGCCGAACGGAUAUCUUUGUGUUUCUGCUCAGUACAAGAGCCGGCGGGCUUGGCAUUAACCUGACUGCUGCCGACACUGUUAUCUUCUAUGACAGCGACUGGAACCCUACGGUGGACCAACAGGCCAUGGACAGGGCCCACAGGCUGGGUCAGACCAAGCAGGUCACCGUCUAUCGCCUCAUCUGUCAGGGAACCAUCGAGGAGAGGAUCCUGCAGCGCGCCAAGGAGAAGAGCGAGAUCCAAAGGGUUGUCAUCUCUGGGGGCAACUUUAAACCAGACACACUCAAACCUAAAGAAGUGGUCAGCCUGCUUUUGGACGACGACGAGCUGGAGAAGAAACUGCGACAAAGACAAGACGAGAAGAGGCAGGUGGAGGAGACCAGCAAGGUGAAGGAGCGCAAGAGGAAGAGGGAGAAGUACGCGGAGAAGAAGAAGGAGGAGUCCGAGAACAAAAGGAAAAAGGAAGUGAACCUGGUCAUUUCCCACGCGCCCUCGGCCGACAACUCCAACCUGUCGGCGGACGGAGACGACUCGUUCAUCAGCGUUGACAUGGACUCGGCCAUGCCUAGUCCUUUCAGUGAGCCUGUGUAUCUGUCUGUGUGUGCCCCUCUUCAUGGACAGAUCUCCAUGAGCAGCGAGCUCCAGCCCGGCUCGUUACCUCCGGACGCCGAUGCCGACGAGAGCAGCAGCGACAUGCUGGUCAUCGUGGACGAUCCCGUUUCCUCUGCGCAGCAGUCGCGUGCAACCAACUCCCCCGCCUCGGUGUCAGGAUCCGUCUCUGACAACAUGAAUGGUGUUUCAGCUUCGGACGCAGCCGGUUCGGGCCGAGGCCGGUCGGGGCGGAGUCGUGGGCGGCCUAAAGGAUCAGGAAGCGGGUCUAAGUCUGGAGGGAAAGGACGCGGGCGCAAGUCGACGGCGGGUAGCGCGGCAGCUAUGGCAGGAGCGAUGGCCGGAGCGGCCGCUGCUUCAGCUGCAGCUUACGCAGCUUACGGCUACAAUGUUGCAAAAGCCGGCGUCUCUGCGUCCAGCCCCCUGCAGCCCUCCCUGGGCCGGUCGGGUACCAGCCCCGCCUUUAACCCCAGCAGAAGCAGCUCCCCUCAGGCCAGGGGAGGCCCGGCCCCCCCCUCCCCCCACAAACCACUGGCCCCCGGCCACCACCACAGCAGCCACGGCGCAGUCAGGAAGAGCAAAGGCCCCGGCGGUCCAGGGGCUCGAUGAUGUUCCCCGCGCACACUGAACGCACGCGCCCUCACGCACCGCUAUCUCAGUCUCCCCACUUACAGAUAACUGACCCGCUUUUCACUGUGAACCCCACAGAGGCCUGUGUGUAAGCUACUAGAGAGAGCAGUAGGUGCCGUCUCUACCAGCCUUCCCAUCCGUCGUUUCACUUCUAUCGCAACGUGUCUGCUUCAGGCCGACAAAACUGGCCAUGAGAGUAUUUUCAAAUGCUUUGAGAAGACAAACUUUUCUGUCUGUGACAGUAAUCUCUUUUGACUCGCUGCCCAGCACUGACACGAACACAGACUUGAAGCAACACGUGUACCUUCAAAAGGGCUUUUUCCUAAUGUUUGCGUGCGGCGGGGUAAGUGAGACAAACGGGUUUCUGUCGGAUGCACUGAGCCACGUCUUCCAUGUUUCGCUGUUAUUAAGUUUCAUAGAUGUACACUAGGGUUAUUUAAUUCUUCUCUAGAUAUGUUCGGUGCAACUCGAUGGACAUUUCUGCAUUUCACAGAGCUCAACGUGAACCCGCACCUUCCCUAUCCACACUUUACCAAAACAAAAAGAAGAGAGAAAAGACCACAGCUUUUGUACUAAAGCUCUUAUUUUUGUAACAGAAAAUUUAAGUACGCAAACCAACAAGACAGGAGUUAACAUUUUGAGAAAAAUGUUAACAAGAAAAAAAGUCUCUGAAAUUGUAUUCCAAAUAGAAAUCCAAUAUAUUUUUUGUCCAAUAAGAAAAUAAUUUAAAAAUAAUCUUCCCAUUCAAGUGGUACUGUUUGACACAGCGUUAACACGCCAACAUUGAUGAAAUGAUUCAAAUUAUUUAGUUGUCCGUUUAUAAGUUAUUUCAGUUGUGCUAAAAGUGGACAAUUUAUAAUAAUUGUCACGAUACUCUUCUGUCAAACUGUAAAUUGUGAAAUCCUGAGGCUGUUUUUAUUUUACAGAAGACAGUUUCUGUGAUGAGAAGUCUGGUGUUCUCUUUGAUGUCAGUGAUGUUUUAGAAUAAAAAAACAAAAGGUUCACAUCAGUGUCCUGAGUUGAGCACUACAUCCGUUCGUUUGAGUUUGUUCUGGUGUUUAUUGUGUGAUUAAAAGAUGAAGUUCUAUACUGAUGUACAUAAUGAUGGGAGCCGCGUUUCCUCCGGCUUUUCCUCACUUGCCUGUCUAUUUUUAUAGGUCGUGUACAUAUGAAGAAAGGCUACUGCCGUUUUACUAACAGGAGGAGUGAAAUGAAAAUAAAAGUGCUUAAUCAGAGCAGUCUGUUGUGUUUUUUGUUUCAUUAUUUGUGACAAUUGCUGACAUGAUUAAAAAGAAUUGAAUUCUGACGCAGA